GGCAACUUUACUUUCGUCUUCUUGAGGUUAAUCCUUGCCCUAGAAAAGCUGGAGCAGUCCUUUUCUUUUGGGGCCGGCUGUCGUCAUCUGUUGCGGCGAUGAUUACACUGAUCGACGAUCAAUUCCAAGAGAUUUAUCUGGCCCGUUCGCGUUGAAGCUGGCCUGAUCGCCAGGCUUGGUGAUUCCGCCCGCCAUGGUCCGGAGAGCCCUGCUCCUUCUCUUCCUCAUCGCCGUUUGCUUCGCCGGCGACAAUUUGACCCCUGACGAACCCCUCCUCGACGCCUCCGACGCCACCUUGAUCUCCUCCGGGGACAAGUUUGAGUUGGGCUUCUUCAGCCCCGAUCCCACCUCCCCCAACCGCUACGUCGGCAUAUGGUUCUACAACAUGGCUCCCCAAACCGUGGUUUGGGUCGCCAACCGCCGGACCCCGGUCGUCGGCCGCUCCGGGAACCUCUCCGUGACCUCCGCCGGUAUGCUAAUCCUCUCGGAUGGCAACUCCACUAUCUGGUCCUCCUCCGGCUCGCCUGCCCUUGCAAACCCGGUCGCGCGGCUGCUCGAUACUGGAAACUUCGUCGUCGGCGAGACCGGCAGCAGUGGCUCGCCGACGUGGCAGAGCUUCGACUUGCCGACCGACACGCUUCUCCCGGGGAUGCAAAUCGGGAUCAACUUGACCAGCGGUCGCCGCGCCAACCUCACCGCGUGGCGAACGGCCGUCGAUCCUUCGCCCGGCGACUUCGUCAUGGGCGUCGACUGGCGCGGCGUCCCGCAGAUGGUCGUGUGGCGCGGCACACAGCCGUACUGGCGCGCGGGGCCGUCCAACGGCCUCUACCUCAGCGGCGCGCCGCAGAUGUACACCGAGAACCUGGUAGACUACCAGUACACCAUCGACGGCCGCGACUUCCUCCUCGGCUACACCCUCCGCAACCCCUCCAUCACCACCCGUAUCACCCUCAACUACUCGGGCUUGAACCAGAUCCAGACGUGGGUGGACGGGAGCCAGGCGUGGAACGUGCGCGGCUAUGUGCCGCUGGAUCCCUGCGACUACUACGGCACCUGCGGCCCCUACGGCGUCUGCUACCCCAACACCUCGCCCCUGUGCCAGUGCCUGCCGGGAUUCCACCCGGAGAACGAACAUAACUGGGAUCUCCUCAGGGAUUGGUCGGACGGCUGCCUGAGGAACACAAACUUGGACUGCCGGAACGGCACCGAUGGGUUCUUCAAGCAGAGCGGAGUCAAGCUGCCGGACACAUCGACGGCGGAGCUGUACGAGAGCAUCAAUCUGGACGAGUGCGAGACACGGUGCUUGAGCAACUGCUCCUGCGCGGCCUACGCUAGCGCCAACAUCAGCAGCGGCGGCAGCGGGUGCAUCAUUUGGACUGCUGCGCCGACGGACAUCAAGUGCUUCUCCGACAGCGGGUCAGGGCAGGAUCUCUACAUCCGUCUGGCGGCCGCCGACAUGAUUGCCAUCUCAGAAUCAAGCAAAUCUAACCGAGGUCGUCAGGCCAUGAUUAUCUCCGUCUCUUGUGCGGGGAUCUUCCUCGCGGCGCUCGUCGCUUCCGUUUUGCUAAUUCGGAAGAUGAGAAGAAAGAAUUCCAUUCCUGAAGAAGGAGGAGGAGAAGAAGAAGACCUAGACCUGCCUCUGUUCGAUCUAAGCUCGAUCGAAGAUGCCACCGGCAACUUCUCCAUUGCCAACAAGCUCGGUGAAGGAGGAUUUGGCCCAGUCUACAGAGGUAGCUUACGCGAAGGGCAAGAGAUCGCCGUGAAGAGGCUUUCCAAAACCUCAGCGCAGGGAGCCGAUGAGUUCAAGAACGAGGUGAUGCUGAUCGCCAAGCUGCAGCACAGGAAUCUCGUUAGGCUUCUCGGUUGCUGCAUUCAAGCGGGAGAAAGGAUUCUGAUGUAUGAGUACAUGCCUCAUGGAAGCUUAGACACCUUCUUGUUUGAUAUCGAGAACCGGUUGCUGGCCGAUUGGCAAACGCGAUACAAUAUCAUAGUCGGAAUUGCUCGAGGACUUCUUUAUCUCCAUCACGAUUCGAGAUACAGGAUCAUCCAUAGGGAUUUGAAGUUGAGUAACAUCCUCCUCGACAAAGAUUUGACUCCCAAGAUUUCAGACUUUGGAAUGGCAAGGAUAUUCGGAGGUGAUGAAAUGAUGGGAAACACCACUAAAGUGGUGGGAACUUAUGGAUAUAUGUCGCCUGAAUAUGCAAUGGAUGGAAUUUUCUCGAUAAAGUCAGACGUAUUCAGCUUCGGUGUGAUCAUGCUCGAGAUAGUGAGCGGUAGAAAGAAUCGAGGAAUUUAUAAUUAUAUGCACCAUAAAAAUCUCAUCGGAUAUCUGUGGAGCCUAUGGAAGGAGGAUAAAGCAUUAGAACUAGUUGAUGAUUCGUUGGCUCAAUCGUUCCCUAUCAAUGAAGUUUUAGCAUGUAUAAAGGUCGGUCUCUUAUGCGUUCAAGAACGACCCGAAGAUAGACCAACCAUGUCGUCGGUGCUACUAAUGUUAAGCAGUGAUGCUUCUAUGUUACCGGAACCAAAGCCGCCUGGUUUCGUAGUGACAAAGGAACCAUCUGAAACUGAUACGUCGACGAGCAAGGGUGACUCGCUCACUAGGAACCAUCUCUCGAUCACAGUCCUAGAUGGUCGAUAGCACAGAGAGUACAUUUUUGUUAGCCUUGUGACAAACUUCUCAUGGUAACUGCAUGUCUGCAUCAACCAGGUUAAGUAUGCCCAUGUUGUAUAUACUGAGGAUUUUGAUAGCAAUGAAUUAGUAGAGAGCAUUCAGCAAACUGUUUGACAAAAUGCAAAGAUGUUCUGAGUUGUAAUUCUAUACAAACAUUAGAUAAAUGUAUUUUGACAUUUUUACAUUGUCCAUAUCAACAAGAAAAUGUCUAUUAACAGUCAAAGAGAGCCUUUUUGAUUUA